AGGCCACACAUCGCCCGAAUUUUAAGUGGCACAGGUCCACCGAAAAAGCCGAUCCCUGCACGCAACAAACGCGCGCCAUGCCCGCCGCCGGACCCGUUCUUCCUGUUGCUGCGCCGCGAUUUCCGACGGUGCUAGGAGAUCAAACUCCCAAGCACAAGGGAUAUGUUGGAGUGAACGAAGAUCAAACGGCCACGGGGCAAGGCAACAAGAUCAUCCCGACCCUAGGAGAUCAAACUCCCAAGCACAAGGGAUAUGUUGGAGUGAACGAAGAUCAGGCGGCCACGGGGCAAGGCAACAAGACCAUCCCGACCCUAGGCCUUGGCAAAGUCAGAGAGGUAUUCUACGCGCAAGACAUCAGUCGAGAAGAUGCCUUAGCCUUGCAGUCUGAUUUGAUGUUAGCCUUCAAUGCUCCCGCGUUUCAGCGACAGCUGCACGACUUCGCGCGGCAGUUUGAGAAGGGCAGCGCGGGCUUCAGGAAGGCAUUGCUGCCAUUGGUCAGGAGCGUUCAACUGGUGGUGAUUCCAAGAUAUGGAUUCGAAAAAUCUGAAGCGGGCGUUGAGGCAAUGCUCCGGAGCUUUAAAUCCCUUCAGAAUGAUUUGGAUAUCCAAGUGAACAAUCUGGCAAUCCAAGAUCUGUUGAACCCCUGGACGGAGCAACAGUUGACCAACGUUGCCCCACUGGUUCACAGAAGGCCCUCUACCAAGUUCAGGGUCUUGGAUUUGUUGCAGCUCAGCAGAUUGCAGAUAGCCGGAGACUUUUGGAAGAUGUGGGAGGCAAUCAAGCCAAGCUGGUGA